AUGGAGCUAUCUUUAACUCGAAUAGAUUACGUUCAAAUUGGUACAGUAAGUAAAGGUUGCCUACGUUUGAUUCCUUCCAUUCGUGGAGAUAAAAAAAAGAGUUUGGAUCGAGUCGCAUGUGGUGACCAUGAUGGUGCCGUACAAUGUUUGGCGAUUAAAGGAUCAAACAUGCAGGCAAUAUUUAAAACAAUGACUGGAGCCAAAAUAAAUUGUUUACGACUUGGUGGAGCGCUUGGUACAGUACAAGAUAAAAUAUUUGUUGCGAGUGGAAAUCAGGUCAAGGCUUAUUCGAAAAAAGGCAAACACUUUUUCACUUUCGAGACGAAUAUGGCAGAGCCGACAUCAUCAAUGUAUAUCUAUGGAGUUGACAUGUUUUUGUGUGGACGACUGUCGUUUAUUCAUUACCAUGAUUGCGUCGAAGCCAAUAAUUACCGAUCCAGUGAUGAUAUAAAUGAUAUAUUAUGUUUACCAGUAACCGAAGGCUCGUGGGUCGGUAGAGGAUUAACACCGUUACUUGCAUGUAAUGACAAAACGAUCAAGAUAAUUCAAGGUAGCGAAGUAAGUUAUGAAGUGAACAUUUCCGAUAUACCGAAUGUACUGCAUUUAUUUCUCAAUGAUGGAGGGUUUAGUAAACAAAAAGUGUUAUUUGGCACAAAGAAUGGACGUCUUGGACUUGUUGAAUUACCACCAGAUAAUGGGCAAAUAAUUUGGGAGAUAAAAACGCAAAGUUCUAGUGCUAUAAAUGGCAUCUACUGUUAUCCUUUAAUGGGCACAACUCCCGAUGUCAUUAUCGGCAAAGAGGACGGCUUAGUCGAAAUUUAUUCCAUAGAUAGCUUCGAUGUUGCUACGCUCAAAAAAUUUUAUCAAUGCGAAGAAAGUAUCGUCGCUGUUCAAGCAGGCCGCGUCUCAUCGCCUAAUUUUGAUGAAAUUAUUCUAUGCACCUAUACGGGUUGGAUAUUCGGCUUAACAACGGAACCAAGAGCUAAUUCUAAUGCAUCAUUAUCACCACAAAUUGAGGUCAAAGUUCAAGAGCUAAGGAAUGAGGUUGAGCGACUUGAGACCAGAGUUGUGAAUGAACGCCAACGAUAUCAUGAAUUAACUCUUCGUGACAAUACCGAAAUGGCUAUUGCACCUAAAUUUGCUAUGCAAGAUCAAUUCACGAUGGAUAAAGAAAAUGCUUUUUAUACGCUGUCGAUUGAACUUGUUGUAGCCAUCGAUUAUAUAUUAUUACAGAUUCGUAUUUCCAUUUUUCAUUUUAUUGCAUUCCUCGUCUCAGCCCUAAUUGGAGCCACUGGCGAUGUUCGCAUUGAAUUAUUGGACUCCGAGAAGAAUUUAGCAGUUGUAUCUUUUACGACACCAGAUGAAGGUUCAGGAAAUGCUUUCCUUGCAACCUAUCGAUGUCAAGCGAAUACCACACGAAUUGAGGUUCGAAUUCGAUCCGUCGAAGGCCAAUACGGAACAAUUCGAGCUUAUAUAUGUCCAAAAUGCAAUCCAAAAACUAGCCAGGUUGGUUUUCAUGAAUUAACAGAAAUCGCCAAUUUAUCGCAUUUAACGAUUGUGGUACGAAUAUACAAUAUAAAACCAUUGUCUUUGCAUGAACGAAUUCAUGAAUUCGAUAACAGCAGACCAUUGAAUAUAUUAAAAUUCACCGGGAAAUUCUCUCUUACAGAAGCACAUCAAUGGCUGAACUUAUUAGUGUCACAGGUACCAGAACGGGUACCACCUCAAGAUACUGUGAUAUUCAAUUUCGCUUCAACAUCUAAUGGAGGAACACAAAUGCAAGCCGAGUAUAGGUGA